GCGGACUGACGUCGUCUUCAUGAAUCCCCCGGUAAAAAAAAAGUAAGAGGAGGGAGAGGGGGAACAAGCGGAAGGAGGAGCGCGAAUCGGAGGGGAAUUCGAGGGCGCUCGGCGAAUCCGACCAGAAAUUCGCGUGAUUCGGGCCCGGUUUCAGCGGUCCGAGUGGUGAGCGCGCGCCGGGCGUUGCCGUGGAUGUGAAGAUCUGGCUUGGAUGUCUCCUGCAGCGACGGCGGGCGGCUGCGAGGCUGAAGCAGCCGCGGCGGCGCGGGGUGGCGGAGGAGGGGAGGAUGCGCUGUUCUCGGAGCUGUGGAGCGCGUGCGCCGGGCCGCUUGUCACGGUGCCGAAGGUCGGGGACAAGGUGUUUUACUUCCCGCAGGGACACAUCGAGCAGGUGGAGGCAUCGACCAACCAGGUGGCUGAGCAGCGGAUGCAACUGUACAAUCUCCCAUGGAAGAUCCUGUGCGAGGUCAUGAACGUUGAAUUGAAGGCCGAGUCAGACACUGACGAGGUUUACGCUCAGCUCACUCUGCUUCCUGAAUCGAAGGAGCAAGAGGAGAAUAAUUGUACGGAUGAGGUAUCUGCUACACCAUCGGCUCCACCUGUGAGGCCACGUGUGCACUCCUUCUGCAAGACACUGACAGCUUCGGAUACAAGCACACAUGGCGGCUUCUCAGUGCUGCGCCGCCACGCAGAUGAAUGCCUUCCGUCACUGGAUAUGAGCCGUCAGCCUCCAACACAAGAGCUCACAGCGAAGGAUCUGCAUGGUGCAGAAUGGCGCUUCCGGCACAUCUUCAGAGGUCAGCCACGGAGACACCUUUUACAGAGCGGCUGGAGUGUGUUUGUUAGUGCAAAGCGACUCGUUGCUGGGGAUGCCUUCAUCUUUCUCAGAGGUGAGAAUGGGGAGCUACGUGUUGGAGUCAGACGUGCAAUGAGGCAACAAACCAAUAUUCCAUCUUCUGUAAUAUCGAGUCAUAGUAUGCAUCUUGGUGUUCUUGCUACAGCAUGGCAUGCUGUUAACACAGUGACCAUGUUCACUGUCUACUACAAGCCUAGGACUAGUCCAGCCGAGUUUGUGGUACCUCAAGAUCGCUAUAUGGAAUCACUGAAAUGUAAUUACUCUAUUGGGAUGAGAUUUAAGAUGAGAUUUGAAGGUGAAGAGGCUCCAGAGCAAAGAUUCACUGGGACUAUAGUUGGAAUGGGCGAUUCUGAUCCAGCUGGAUGGGCUGAAUCACAAUGGCGUUCCCUUAAGGUGCGGUGGGAUGAAGCUUCUUCCAUCCCACGUCCUGAAAGAGUUUCCCCCUGGCAAAUAGAACCUGCUGUUAGUCCUCCUCCAAUCAAUCCGCUUCCAGUGCUUAGAACCAAGAGACUCCGUCCCAACAUUGUCGUUUCUGCACCCGACUCGUGUGCUCAGUCAAAAGAAGUUGCUUCCAAGGUAGCAGUGGAGACUCAACAGCAGGCUUUACAGAGGGCUUUCCAGACUCGAGAGAAUGCAACACCGAAAACUGCAUUUGGUGAUGGCAGCGAGCUGGACAAUGCACAUAAAUCAAUCCUACAGCCUUCAGGAUUUGAACGUGAGAAAAGUAGCAUACCCACACAGAGAAAAUUAGGUUCAGAUGGUUGGAUGCAGAUGAACAGACCUGGAUGUUACAGUGAGAUGUUAUCUGGCUUUCAGCCACCUAAAGAUGUACAAAAUCAGCAGGGUUUCUGUUAUUUACCUGAGCAGGUUGCUACAGGCAAUUCAAACGUCUGGCACAGAGUCAAUACUCAGUAUCAAGAUCAGCAAGGCAAUCACAACACUUUUCCUGGUUCAUGGUCCUUGAUGCCUCCAAAUACUGGCUUUGGGUUUAACAAACAGAGCUACCCAAUGACGCAGGUGGUUGGUGGGUUUCCCCGAAGGGCUGCAAAUAUGAAGUUUGGUAAUGGAGUAUAUGCUGCACUGCCGGGCCGCGGUAUAGAGCAAUACUCAGCGGGUUUGUUUGGCCACAUGAUGCUAAGUUCUCACAUGGAUGACACACAGUUACAUGUAAUCAAGCCUCAACCUUUGAUCAUUGCUCAUGGUGAUAUGCAGAAAACGAAAGGCACCUCAUGCAAGCUAUUUGGGAUUCAUCUUGACUGCCCAGCGAAAUUGGAACCUCUGAAAUCUCCACCAAGUGUUGCAUGCGAUGGGAUACCACAAACUUCCGGUGCUGCUGAAUGGUGUCGAAUGGACGCAACUGAACUAGAAAAAGUUCCCGAUCCUUCUAAGAUUUCGAGGUCACUCGAUUCUCCACAUCCAGGUUCUGUUCCUGAGAAACAUAUCUCUUGUCAGCAAGCUUCAAGAAACAUAUCGGGCAAGUCACCGGGCGGAUCAGCUAGAAGCUGUAAGAAGGUCCACAAGCAAGGUAUUGCCCUUGGCAGGUCUGUAGAUCUGAUGAAGUUUAAUGGCUAUGAGGAGUUGGUUGCUGAGCUAGAUGACAUGUUUGACUUCAAUGGCGAGCUGAAGAGUUCUAACAAUGAAUGGAUGGUUGUCUACACUGACCACGAAGGUGACAUGAUGCUGGUUGGCGAUGACCCCUGGAAUGAGUUCUGCAGUAUAGUUUACAAGAUCUUCAUCUACACAAGGGAGGAUGUCCAGCAGAUGAAUCCUGGAGCCCUGAACUUGAGGUCGGAAGAUAGUCCUGCUAAUUCGAUGGAAAGAAGCUCAGCUGCGAGAGAAGUGCGAGGCUGCUUAUCCACCUCGGCUCUUAAUUCAGAGAACUGCUAAUGCCUUCCCAGCUGCAGGCAAGGGAGACAUCAAGUUGAUGCAUCUGUAGAAGGAAUUGCGUUUCAUAGUGGAGUUGAUGCUUUUUAUGUACUGGAUAAGCCCAAAGUACCCUAUUUGUAGAUGGUGCUUGUCCUGCUGGUCAAGUUGCACUCUGUUUGCUGCGGUUCUGCACCGUGUAAAUAGCCUCACUCAACUUUCUUCUAGUCUAAUGUAUUACCUGCCGUUGACUUAA